AUGAUUUCGGUUCGUACUUCACGUUACUUGAUGGAUUCAGAUCCAUCAAGCGUCAUGGAGACAAUGUUCACUCCCGUGGCUUCACCAAACCUUUGGUUGGCCCUCAAGAUCCUACGAUACACUUAUCCGACUCUCGUCUUUUUCUAUUUCUUCAUCGCUCUUGGUAUUACCGUGUGUUAUAUGCAAGCAGAGAAAUCUCAAGUCCAGGAUCAGCAUGUUCGCCGUGGGUUGAUAUUGUGCUGCAUUGGAAGUCUCACUGGAACAUAUGCUGUUGAAAUCGUUGUCGCAAUUAUUAAAUCGUCACUGGAAAACGGGAAUCCAGGACAAGACCGAGUAGUUUACCUCAUCUCAUCGACUCUGGUCUUUCUGGUUCAAAUAAUUGCACUCGGAGACACAAAAUUUCCUACGUGGUAUCCAUACUAUGGAACUUGGCUCAUAGGUCUUUGUGUGGAACUCUGCCUAAUCAUUUUACCAAAUGUUUUCUCUCCGCCGCCCAACUCGGCUUUCGAUUACAUACUCAUUACUGUACAAGCUAUAAGAAUUUUCAAUCUCAUCGCCUUACCUAUUAUCUACUUGUAUAUUCGCGACUCGGAUAAAGCCCCCGAAGCUAUUGAUGCAGAACGUCAAUCACUAUUAAAGAAGCCCUCGGAUCCAUCUAGCUCCGAAAGCUCCACCCUAAACGGAAAUGGAUAUGGCACAACGGGUGAGCCUACAACUCAAGAAGAUGAAGAUGCAGGAGAUGAGUUGGACACGGCGAGUGUAGCUUCGGAAGACUCUUAUCUGAAAGAUCAGCGCAAAUCAAAAGAGGCUAUCGCGAAAAGACUCAAGGAAGACGGCAACUGGUGGACAUACCUCAAAGGAUUUUCUAUGUUCAUUCCCUUUGUUUGGCCAGUAAAUCACAAGAUGCUCCAGUUCCGGGCUGUUCUUGUUGCAAUCACCUUAUUGGCAAGCAAUGCUUUGAAUCUUCUUGUUCCAAUACAGUUUGGUAUAAUGGUCCAAAGCUUAAUCAAUUAUACUGGGGGCGAUCAUAGCCAUAAUAUUUGGACGCCUGUUCUUCUAUACUCACUCCUAAGGUACAUAAACGGUGGUUCGUGUCUUACAGUAAUAAGAACAUGGCUCUGGAAUCCCUUGGAACAAUACGCAUACAAAACACUCAGUUUAGCCGCGCAUAGCCAUAUCAUGAACCUGUCUUCCGAUUUCCAUGAUAGCAAAUCAUCCUCAGAUUUAUUUCAGGUAGUACAUGGAGGUAGAUCAGUCGCGGACUUGAUGGAGAUGAUCUGCUUUCAGGUAGUCCCGAUGAUCAUCGAUCUAGUCAUCGCUUUCAUCUAUUUCGGUGCUUUUGGACCUUAUAUGUUCCUUGUCUUGGUUGUCACAUUUGUAUCUUACAUGUACGCUACUGUAAAACUGAUCUCCAUGAGAACAAAUCAACGCCGGGAUUACAUAACUUUUGCCAGAAAGGAAUGGACAACGGGGCAAGAAUCACUGGAUGGUUGGACGACUGCUAACCUUUUCAACAUGGUACCCUACGAGAAUGAACGCUACUCCGGAGUCAUCAAAGAACAUAUUGACUCCAAAUGGGCCUAUGAAUGGUUCUGGUACAUUGCCUCCAUGGCAAAGAGCCUGAUUAUGUGCUUUGGACUGACAGGUGUACUCUGUCUCGGUGCCUAUUCGGUAGUGUAUGAAGGUCAUACCGUUGGAGAAUUCACUACCUUACUUAUGUUUUGGGGUCAAAUACAAGAACCACUAUCAUUCCUUGCUUCCGCAUAUAGAACCAUCUCGAGUUCUUUAAUAGAUGCUGAACGCCUUCUUGAACUACUUAAGACAGAGCCCUCAAUCAAAGAAGCUCCAAAUGCCAAAGACCUAGAGAUUACUAAAUGCGAGAUUGAGUUCAACGACGUCUGCUUUUCCUAUGAUGAGCGAAAGCCAAUCUUGAAGAAUGUUAGUUUCUUUGCCCCAGGUGGAAAGACGAUUGCAUUUGUUGGUGAGACUGGCGGAGGCAAAUCAACAAUGUUAAAAUUGAUGGAUCGUUUCUACGAUGUCAAAUCAGGAAGUAUAAAGAUUGAUGGUCAAGACAUUCGAGACAUUACAAUGCACAGUCUGCGAAGCCAUGUUGGUGUUGUUCCACAGGACCCUACUCUUUUCAAUGACACCGUCAUGAACAACAUUCGAUAUGCUCGCUUGGACGCAACAGACGAGGAGGUACAUGAAGCCUGUAAAGCUGCCGCCGUCCAUGAUAAGAUUAUGAAAUUUGCGGAUGGCUACAAUUCCAAAGUUGGUGAUCGUGGCGUAAAGCUUUCCGGUGGAGAAAAACAACGUGUUGCGAUCGCUCGUGCUAUUCUAAAACAACCAAAAAUUAUUCUACUCGAUGAAGCUACGAGCGCCGUGGACACAGAGACGGAACAAAAAAUUCAGGAGGGAUUCAACGCACUGUGUAAGGGUCGAACAACCUUUAUUGUUGCUCAUCGAUUAUCAACUGUGAUGAAAGCCGACCAUAUUGUUGUUGUCAUGGAUGGCCAAAUAGUCGAACAAGGAUCUCAUGAUAAGUUGUUUCACUCCAAGGGGCGAUAUGCAGACCUAUGGGCGAAGCAAAUCUUCGUCAAACCUUCUGACAGGAAAUCAAGAUCCAAGUCCAGAUCAAAAAGCCCUGCAAAAAAGGAUGCAACACUCGUGAACGAUCUCACUACCAAGGACAAGACGGUCACCCUUGCGAAAGCUGCGAAAGGGGUCAAAGAUCACAACCACUCAAAGGAUGAUGGAAGAGGGACUGACAACGGCACAAGCUCCAGUGGUAAAUCAAAAGAUGAAUCGAAACGCAAAGCAGACGAACUCAAUCAUUCGAACCUACCUUCAAAGGUAGAUUCUUCGAAACUCAAAAUUACUAAUCUGAGUAAACCCAAGUUCCCCGCAGGUAAUUCGGAGGUUCAAAUUAAGCAGCAGCAUCUUGGGGGAAUUCCUCGACCAACUCCUAUUCAUCGGCCUGCUACCACCCCUCAGCCAGCCACUGUCACUACUCAUCCUACUACUACUAACCCUAAUCCUACAAACUCUCGUGCUUCCAGUCCUCAACGCAAAUUCUUCGCAACCCAAUCAAUUGAACAGACAUGUAAAGCGCAUCCACCUGAGAGUCCACCCCGCCCACCAAUCCUAAGCCAACCUAGGUCUCUCUUUUCUACUGGCAAUUUGCCCGUUCCGAUCCAUGCAAAGAAUGUUCUUGAUCACCCGAAUCCGUGGGGAGAGGAACAACCUGGUCGAACUCCUUCUUCUACUUACUCGAUGCUUUCUUCCCAGUCAGUUCUCACGAGUGCUGAUCUGAGGCACGAGAAGGUUGAUAAUGGAUGUAAGGCAGACAACGGUAAGUUGGAUAGUGGUAGACUCGAAGGAAAUGUACAAGAUAAGGUGGAGAAACUAGACAAAGGUUUGCCGCAAGGACUGUCUAAAGGAUUACCCAGAGGUGCAAUGUUUAUUCAACUCCCAAAGCAUAUGACGAAUAAAUCGAUUGAGGAAAUACAACGUAGAGCCUCCACGGCGGAAAACUAUAUAAACUUGACCGCUCCCUCGGAGCUUACUCCAUUACUCGUUUCGAAAGACUCGCCCAUCUAUACUGGUCCUAGUUUCUCCACUUCCAAAGACAUUCUCAAAGCACAGAAGAAACAACAAGCGAAGGAAAGAAGAAAGUCAGGUUGUUCUUCACAUACUAUCAGCGAGCCGCUUAAUGCUAUUUCACCAGCCGCCGGUAUCGAAACCUCUCCCGUUCAGUUUGGAACACCGAUCAAAGUCCAAACUAAAGAGGCAGUUAAGGAACAGAAAAAAAGAGACAAGGAAGAACGCAAAGCAGAAUCGUUGAGAAAGAAGGAAGAUAGUAUUAGAAGAAAGGCGGAAAGAAAAUUGAAGAAACAAAGUGUUGGUACGGUCAUUGCUGCUGAUGAAGGCGAUAUUAGUGGUUAUGGUACUGCUACAAGGGAUUGUGCUACGAGUGAGAUGGAUACUAAGAAUACAGAUGUUAACGAGUCGGAAACGACUGGACUUGAUGGUGCUACAGAUGAAAUUGUGGAAUAUUACACAAAUAUUCCAAAAAGUGUUCAGAGCGACGCGACAGAUGAUAUAACAAUUCCCACCGCAGCACAAUCAGCAGCAGAUGCUCAAUAUCCCCAGAGAGACCGAAGGAUUCACUCGAAAAUUGAACCGAGAGGUAAUAGUAUUAGUCUUGUACUAGAUGGUGCGGGUACCGAUUCGGAGGACACAAUUGUCAUUAUGAGGGAGGGAAAUGGAAAUGGAGAAAGUGAAAAUGGCACGAAUAGUCUGAUUAGAUAUUCGUUGGUAAGUGGAGAUGGAAAUGGAGUUGCAAUGGGAACCCCUAGACCGGGAGAAAGGAAAGGUAUCUUGAAGAAUUUUGCGCAGGAAAAAAGAAGAGUUAGUGCGCCGGCGAGAGAGGGGAUGGGUUAUGAGGGAAGAGAUGGACGGGAGGGCUGGAAGAGGAGAGAGAGAAUCCCGACGCCGAUGGCGAUGGUGGGGGGGUUGAUAGGACCCGGGUUGGGGGAAUUGGGAGUGGGAGUUCCGGUUAUGCCGGAGAGAGAGAGGGGACCACCGGUUUCGUUGGGGAGGAAUAUGAGGCUGGGUUUGCAUGGGGAUGGGGCUGUGGGCGUGGGUGUGGAUGGGAAUAUGCAGGGACAAGGACAGGGACAGGCAGAGAAUUUCUUGAGUGGAGGUAGGAGAAUGUACAUGGGAGGGGGAUUGAUGAGGGGGAAGAAAAGACAGUGGAGGAUUAGGAGUCGAGCUGUGGAGGCUGCUUGGAAGGGAGAGGCGGUGGAAGGGAGUGAAAAUGGAAUGGGUGGGUUUGAGGGUGCUGAGAGGGUUAGGGAGGGAAGUGGGAGUGGGAGUUUGAGUGAGAAAGAUGGGGGUGCGGUGCAGAGGGGAAGUGAGGGUGGAGAUGGAAAUGCAGAUGGGAAUGGAGAUGGAGAGACACUAGGAAAAGGGAAGGGAAAGGGAAAAGGAAAAGGAGGUGUAAGGUUUGUUGAUGAUGUUUAG